AUGUGUUUUCAUUGUAAAACGUGGGUGUCACCUGCAACAAAGUGGAUAACAAGAUCAAGUAACUCAUGGCCGAGUCAUGAUGUCAAACAAGGCAUUAUCAAACACGGAGUACUUGUUGUACCAAUCGGAGUAAAGGGAUCACCAAAAGAAGAUCUACAAUGGCGAGUAUCUUUUUCAGUUGGGGAAAAACUUCUAAUUAAUACCUUUACACACACUCAAUUACUGUGCUAUGCUCUCUUAAAAAUUAUUUUGAAAGAUGUAAUAGCUACUAAUCUCGAAUGUAAAGAUUUACUAUGUUCUUAUUUCCUGAAAACAAUUAUAUUUUGGAUAUCUGAAGAACUGCCACAAUCCAUAUGGAAACCUGGUAAUAUUAUACCUUGUUUUAUGAUAUGUUUCAGUAGGCUAGUUUACUGUGUUGAACACUCAGUUUGUUUCCAUUACUUCAUUCCAGAGAACAACAUGUUUGAAAACAAAAUAGAGGGUCGCGGUCGUGAAAUACUUUUAGAAAAACUAUAUUCGCUGUAUAGCUACGGAUGUAUUAUACCAGCUCAAAUUGAUUAG